CUACAUCACUCACAUAUUCCACACUUCCAUAUAUACUUGACGCUUAAGCAUCAACUCACAGGUCAGUCUGAACGCCAACUCCAAACAAACACCGGCAAAGCCAACACCAAAUAGCCCCAGCCGCCAAAAUGAAGUUCUCCAUCACCAUCGUCGCCGCUCUCCUCUCCGCCACUGGCAUGGCCGCCCCCGCCAACGAAGUCUCUAUGAUGGCCGCCCCCGCCAACGAAGUCUCUAUGAUGGCCGCCUCCCCCCAGUGGGCAAUUCAGUCCCUCAACCGCGUCUGCGACAAGCCCGACGCCACCUGCACCUGGAACUUCAAGAUCAACACUGGCAGCGGCACCGCUACCGCUUGCAAGUACGUCGUCAAGUCAACCAAGACGGCCAAGGCAUCCAAGGCCAACGGCGGGCCUGCUACCUGCGGCGACUUCACCAUCACCUCUGGCUGGAGCGGUCAGUUCGGUGCCGACAAGGGCUUCACUACUCUUUCGGUUGUCAGCAAGAGCAAGAAGCAGAUUGUUUACCCUGCCUACACCGACCAGCAGCUCGCCGGCGGCAAGGUCGUCAAGCCUGACCAGGCUUACGCUCCUGCUUCCCUUCCUUGA